AUGGUCUAUUUACGGGGGAUGCACACCGAGGCGCAUAGCGUCAAGCCGGGCCAGCUGCUCGAGAUGUUUGACUCUUCGUGGAAGGUGCGGAGCAUUUGGGACGGGGUGAAGCUGGAGGUGGCGGAGGACCGCAGCCCGGUGGUCCUGCAUAGCUUCACACACCUGGACCCGGACCUGCCGCUGCUGGAGGUGAGAAGGAAGAGGAAGCCGGGGGGCUGGGGCGGGAGGAGGGUGGAGGACACUCGGGUAUGAGAUGCGGCGGAGGUCCGUUAGCUGCGGCGGUGUGUUGUGUUGUGAUCAGAGGAGAUCUUCGGAACAGGGGAUUUUGGUGAUCCAGGAUGAGGUUUGGUGUUCAUCCUGGGUCAGUAAAAAUAUUUUUUUAGCUGUUAUGUUGAUAAAAAAAAAAUUAUCUAGCUAAUGUCAGUUACCAACAGAUAAAUCAGUUUUUGAUGGAGCUUGAUAGAUAGAUAGAUAGAUAGAUAGAUAGAUAGAUAGAUAGAUAGAUAGAUAGAUAGAUAGAUAGAUAGAUGAUUCCAAGAGAAAUGUACUUAAUAUAACUAAGGAUAAAAACAGGUAGACCUUUAUUUUUACUGCGUUCUCCUAUGUUAACACUUUAUUGACUUUUUUUGGACCAGCUUGUGACGUAUAAGAAACUAAAAACUCACAUAACACAAUGUUUGUUUCUGGCCUCACACCUCAUAUGAUCACAGUCCCUAUGAAAACAUCUUUCUAAUUUGACAUUAUAAAUCCUGUUAAGCCGCAAAGUGAUACCAAAACAGAAAGAGCUUUAAGAUGUCAAAUUUUGAGCUUCCAGUAAGUGUCUUACUGUGUCAAAUCUGUAUAAUCCAGAUCUGAAUAGACCUUUAAGGUGGGACAGACAAAAUAGUAUGAAUUAUUUAGACUGGAAGGUCCCUCUCAGACAUCGGCACAGACGGCAUUUACAGGAUGACUUGCCUUUUUCACCAGUUUCACUCUGUGGUUAUCACCCCUCCCUCCGAGCGGACUGUUAUUCACCUCAGUAUUCAACAGACGCUCGCUGAAACCCUGCAGUGCAGGUGCCAAUGAGUCAUAUCUUACUAAACAUUUUAUUAAAUAUCAACAAUACUGAUAUCAGGAGCCUUCUUUUUUUUUUUUACAUUUAUCAGUGAUUUCCUAGCGUUUCUAGCAGUUUCCUGACAUCAAGGGUUGAACAGUAAGUUGGCCGAAGAGCUAAAAAUAAUGGAAGUGUUUUUACAGAAGACUGUAUGCAUUCAUAUUCAAUGUCAGAAUCAAUCGAUGUGAUUCCCAGUGUUAAAAACAGGACAACUGUGGCAUUUAGAUGUGAUCACACCAACCACUGUUAGCUGGGAAUUUUCCUGACUUUUACCUGCUGCAACAGUCUCACAACCUCUGCCACCACAACCUUCUGCAAAAUUUUAGUAGGUAGUGUAAUUCUCCCAAAUUUCAGGUAAGAGAUGAGGUGAAAAAUGUACCCUCACAUGUGACUCCCCAAACAAUUUGGGGAAGUUUUCAAAAGUUCUUUAAUACCAAAUUCUUAUUGUUAAGACAAAUAAAAACUGUGGGGGCGAGGACAUUACUUUCCAAUCAACAAAUGAUCAAAAGAAAAGCAAGAGUAGACACAGCAGACACUGAAAUUGAUGCUCCACUCCUCUCAGAAAGAAUUCUGUAAUGCACAAGACCAAAACCAUGUACACAGUCUGCAGAAACAGCUCCACACCCCCUCCAGCAGAUUUAAACUUAAGUUUGUGGGCAAUAAAAAAACAUAAAUAACAUUCUUCCUGCAGAAAUCUCACCAGAAUAAAAGAACUUUGUAGAUGUGGAUUGAUUUUGCCAUAUUCAAAACCACAUUUUGGAAGUUUUUAGGAGUUUUGUUCAAAUGUGAAUACUGCUCUGAAGGGGAACAAGAAUUUUUGUGCAAUUUUUAAUAUAGAGUCCAGCAGUUGUGGUAGAAACUCAUGGAAGAGUACAAACUAAAAGUUCAGGAUGGUAACAGAGGAAAAGUCAGGGAGUCUGCAAGGCACCAAGAGUUCAUGCUCUGGGGAGUAUGAAUGUUAAAGUAUGUUUGAUUGCAGUCCAUUCAGUUGAUGUCGAAGUUCUUCAGUAGAAAACUGACAAACAUGGAAAAAGAAUAACCCCAAAGUUUUCUCUCUGUGUUUAUCCUGUUUUUUCCAUCUCCGUUACCCUGAAGACUUACAUGUCCUCCUCAUCCUGUUAUCCUACAUUAUAGCCUCUCUGUUGUCAGUGAAACGCUCUUUAUGGAUUAAGUGCAACAGUCUCCUCUCUUACUUACUGCUCCUUUAUAUCCUGAACAUUCGAUCAGAUGAGGACAGAGGAGAAGUAAUCAUAUUACUCUGUCUUGCGCAAGCUGGCGAUUGAACUAGGACGACGUCUCUACUGAUAGCACAUGAGACUAGCUGUUGGUCUGCUAUCUGGAGGACAUGAAGUCUUUUUCUCUCUGGUCUGUUUAACAUCAGUAGAAGCCGCUCUGAAACCACAGGCCUGUUAUUAAACCCUCCGUUCCUCUUUUUGUGUGUCCUGAGCUCGCAGAGGUAGCUCUGCUCUCUAAUCUAAUCCUGUCCUCACUAACACAAUUACCUAACACUUAAUCCCCGUCUUGCAGAGGUAGAGGGGUUUCCUCCACAAUCACUGCCUUUCUUUGCUCGCUCCGGAGGCUCAGGCGGAGGUUAUUUGACGUCCUGGUUGUGUUACAGUAGAAAGGUUCACUAGGGCGGAUGCCUGAAGGAAGGAGCUGGCUCGGAUUCAUGUGCUGAUCCCUCUGGCUCCAUGAAAGCAGCAGCAGCAACGUCACGGUGGAGUCUGUACGUACUGUAUCAUAUCACUGACAGGAUCGAAUGAUUGAAAGAUCAGGUUACUGCUGUCUUUGACUUCUGACAAACAAAUAAGGCUGUCUAUCCCUGUUUGUGCCCAAGUUUCUCUCAGAUUGGUUUCUCUUCUGUUUUUCAUCACGAAAGGUCAGAAGUAAUCGAGUUGAACUGAUAAAAACAUGAUUUUUCUUUUCAUUAUUCCUCUUCAAUGUUAUUUCAGCCUAAAGUUUGAGUUCUGUGGAUGGAUUUCUGCUGGACAGCCUGCGCUCACAGACUCACACAUGUUUUCAUGGUGACUUUAAAAUCAAUCAAACUAUAAGAAAAGGCCUGAAAAUCUAUUUGGAGCUUGUUUUGCACAAAAAAGUCUGUAACUGAGACAUAGAAGAAGCAGCAAACCCUCUAAAUGAACUACUCAGUAAGUUCUUCACUUUGACAGCUUUUUGAGUUCGAUUAGAUUUGGUAUUUAGAUGAAGUUUGUCAAUAAAAAUGAGAAAGAUGCGAGGCAGCAGAGAGGAUGACAGCGGGUGUCAUGGUCCUCUAAAUUCUUUUCCAUGAUUGUCCUUCUGUGGCUGAUCAAAUGUGCUGUAGAUCUCAUGCAGUGAACUGAUCUGAUCUGCUGGUAGGCAGACUCAGAGGUUUAUAUUUGUCAUUUUAGGGCAAAAUGUUUGACAUUUCAAACUUUGGCUCAUGGACUGAUCUGCGAUGUUGGAUCCCCUUUAUUCACUGUUUGUUUCUGCUCUUUGUUGCAGUGGGAAGCAGUAAACAGUGUGUAAUGUUACUGUUUAGAUGAUGUGCAUAAUCUUUGUUCUUUUGUAAUUCUGCCUGACUUUAUGUAACACUGUAUUACCACUGUAAUCGUAUUUACAGGAGCUGAGGAAAGCUCUUUGAUGCACAUGCUAAAACCUGAACACUGUACAAGAGUGCAUUUAGCCUAAAAAUAGUCGGGAUUUAGAAAUGAGUUUGUUUAACACUGAAGUCCAGCAGCAGCAAACCAGCAAGAUUAGGGGCCGAAGCACCAUAAAAUAGGGUUGAAUAAAGAGCAGAUUGCUGCUCAAUGAGACUGUCUGGAGAACUCCAAACAACACCUCCUUAAGAGGGGCUCAUUUGGUUAAAAAAAUCUGUUCGUAUGUGUUCAGAGGACUUUACAGAGAGAGGCCUGCAGAUUCUAAAUACAGAGCAGCUCUUGUGUCAGUAUCGGUGUUCAUCUCUGUGGCUCUGUUUCUAAAUCUUCAGAUCUGUUAGAGGAAGUAAUCAAUGCUUUGUGCGGUCAGAAAGUGACAGUGAAAUCUGAGACACACAGUUACAGUAAAUGAUCUCAAAACAGCGUCUUUCUGUCCGUCCAUAAGGGCCUGAUUGUCCUCUGCACUAGCCGUGACUCAGCAGCCUCAGAUGAAUGACAUAAUUACACAGCGCAACUCCAGUUAUCCCACUGAGAAUUAAUAAUCUGUAAUGCCACCAAAAACAAAGGGAGGAGCUCAUUGUAAAAACAGGGAUAUUAAUAAUACACCCUUGUAGUUAUUUUGGGAGUCUUGAAAUCUAUUUUUAUCCUCCUGAAACAGAUUUCAAAAGAAAAAAUGUGGUUUAAAUGGGUCAGACAGUGCAGUAAAACGCCAAUGAGACACAUCUAGAAACAAAGAUGGUGUUCUGUGAGUGAAAGGAGACCAAAGUAUCAGAGACGUUACCCAGAGGCGUGACGAAGCACACAGAUUGAGCUUAAAUCAAUUUCAUUUGCAUAUUGCACAAACAUCACUAAAAUGGUCAAUCAAAGUGCUCCACAAAGUUCAAAUCUCAAAGGAUAAUGGUGUCCUCAUCUGAGAAUAAGAAUAAGAACAACUUUAUUUCAUCUCAGAAGGGAUUUUCAAUUGUCGUCUCAUUUGUCAUGUCUAAAAGUCAUCAACUAUUUACAGAAGAGUUAUAAAGUCUAAUGGCUGUUGGUACAAAAGAUCUUCUGAAUCUCUCUGUCCUGCAGCGAAGAGAGAGGAGCUGUCCACCACCAUUGGCCCUUUGGUCCAUCAAGGUGUUGUGAAGUGGGUGAUCCAUGUUCUUUAGAAUAGACUCCACCUUCAUCAGUGUAGAUCUCUCCACCACAUCCUCCACUGAGUCCAGCUUGAGUCCAACCACAGAGUCAGCCUUUUUCACCUGUUUGUUAAGAUGUCUUGCAUCUUUGUGUUUGAUGCUUUCUCCCCAGCAGCCUGCAGCGUAGAACAGAACACUGUAGACACCACAGACUGAUAAAACAUCUGCAGCAUCUUACUACAGAUGUCUAUUGAUCGGAGUCUUCUCAGGCAAAAGAGGUGGCUCUGCCCCUUCCUGUAGAUAAAGUCUAUGUUCUUAGACCAGUCCAACUUAAGAGCCAGAUGUGCACCUAGAUAUCAAUACGAUGACACCACUUCAAUGUCCACUCCAUAGGUGUUCACUGGCUCAAGAGGGGUGUUGAGGAGGAGGCAGUUUUGGUGACCCCAGGAACUUUGAGCCAUUUAUUUCAAAUGCAACCCAAGUCAAAGUGAGGGUGGAACAAAGACAGUAUUGAUGUAUUUCUUGAGUGUGUGCAUAUCUCCUGAAGAACAACCGAUUUUGGCUUUAUUGAAGACAAAAAUAUUGAUUGAAGCUCCCAGCUUUGCAGCAGCAGCUCGACUGUCCUGAACUGCUGCAGAGGUUUGAUUUGAAAGCCUUCAUUUGGUGCUUCUCAGCUGCAGACAAAACGACAGAAACAGACCUCAAGCUGGAAUGUGAAGGACUAUUGUCUUGAAAAGUACUUGGCUCUCCUGAUUCUGCUCCCAUGCUCUGUCUGGUCUGGUAUAAUUACCUGAACUAGUCUUACAUAACUUUAAUUUUUAAGAAGCACCAAAUGAGGGGUCUAAAAUCUGAGUGCCUCCCCUCACAAACCUCAUCUUUUCUAAAUGGCACAGUUGGGAUUUUUCCCAGUCCCAUCUGGACUGAAUUAAAAUGUGGGACACAAUCCGCCUACAUUAGCUUGUCAGAGUCUAUAAAUCUCACUUUAUGAAAGAAAUGAGUCCACAUCAUUGGAUUAGAUGAGGAGCUUAUGAGCCACAAGUCUUAAUCCAGAUGGAGCAGCAUGGUGCUGGAGGAUGGAGUGGUACUGUUUGUUCUUCAUGAUACCCUUUACGUCAAACAAAUCUUCUAUUCUAUCACUUGCAAAACAUCCCCAUACCAUGGAACUACCACCUCCAUGCUGAAUUGUGGGUGUAACACAUGGUGCUUUCAGACGUUCACCAGUUUGUCAGCGGACAUAGACUCUGCGUUUUGAACCAAACUGCAAACUUGUUUCUAGUCAUCAUAAGUCCAAUUUUUGUGAGCUUUUGCCCACUCAUAUAUCUUUUUCUUGUUCUCUGGACUAAGUAGUGUUUUUUUGCAGAUACACAACCCUUCAGACCAGCCUUUCUCAAAUGUCAUUUCACGGUUGUCAGAAAUAUGGGUUUCGACCUUGUCGUGUUGAUUUCCUCCCUUAUUUGUGGUGCUGUCUUUCGCUGAUCUCUCUUACUGGUGACAAUGCUAUGUUUAUCCUCUGCUUUUGUAGUAACUCUCUUUCGUCCAGGUCUAUUUCUAUCAUCAUAACUUCCAGGUUCCUCUAGCCUCUUCAGAGUGUAGUGGACUCCUUUGUUAGACACCUUUUGGCGUUUUUCUCUUUCUGUGUAUCCUUCUUUCCUCAAUGUAUGAAUCUGUACUUUUGUUUCUUUACUCAGUUCCUUCCUUCUAGCCAUUUUUGGGGUAGUUUGAACGCAGUUGAGAUUCAUUAGGAUUUUUGUAUGCAGACUCUCAAAAGCCAAAAAGUUAAAGUGAAUAAUCCAACUGUGAUUUGUUUUUUUGCUUUUGCACUGAAGUUGUGACUCUUGCAAAUGUUUUCAACCCUAAAACUAUGCCCUUUUUAUCUUUUGCUGACAUAUAUUUAGCAAUGGUCUGUUAACAUCAAUGUAUAUCUGAAGGUAAAUGGAGUAAAAUGGUGUAUUUCCAUAAAAGCAACAUCUGAUCAUGAAGUAAAUACAUCCCAAAAUACAUAAAACUCAUGCUGGAUUUUAAAAAAAGCAUUGUGAACAAAAACUUGAAGUUACUCCCAACUGUUCGGCCUGUAAUGGCCUUGCUUCCAAACUUUUGGCCUGUAGUGUAUGUAUGUACAUAAGAUUACAUUGAUUCAAAGAUUGACUAUCCCUGAGAUGAGUUUGUCUUCUAUUUAUUUCUACGAGGCUAUAAGAGCCAUGGACUCAUGGUCUGAACUUGAAGACUUAUUUUCCAAGAUCCAAUAAGAUGAAAACAUCUGUAAACAAACAAAACCCAGCUGCCUCAAUAUUUCGAGAGAUUUCUGGAUGUUAAUUUCCCCCUCCCACCUGCUGUCUGUCCCCCGUCCAGCUGAACUCACCGCUCUCCCUCGUCGGUCAUUGUCGGUGAGGGGAAGUCGCUGGUUUGUGCUGCAUGCUUGCGAUGACGUUCUCUUUUGUUGCUUUUGUUAAGGUGUUGACUGUUUUGGGGACAGGCUUUGUUUUCCCUCUGGGGCUUUCCCUGAUGAUCUACAUUUAGAGUCAGCCUCUGAGGAUUCUCUGAGGGCCUGCCGCUGCACAGGCAGGUGUGUUUAUAGUGAUGAACGUCAUGAAUGUCAUGGUUUUGGCUGCAGACUCAGAGGGUGUGCUAGCUCAGAGAUGUUUGGCCUUGAGGGGGUUUGGCUGUGGAUCAGGGUUUACUUUUUGUCCCUGUGUGUUUGUUUGAGAGUGUUCCUGUGCCAGGUGAUUGUGUUUACACAGACUGAACACCAUCUGAUGAAAAGAUGGAGGCUUUCUGGCCAUAAUACACCCUUAUGAUUUCUAGAAGCAGACUGACAAUUGGGUCGGUGGAUGGAGAGUCUGUGAGCAUCUGCACUGGACUCCUCUAAUCAUUUAAUUUCCUCCAAGGAUCAUCCACCUUUAUUAUGACCUGAGUAGUUUUACAGUGUGUUUAUUGCAAUCAUCCCUACCAGUGGUCAUAACUAAUACGUUCAAAAGAACUGGGAAUAAAGCAGGGGGUGCAAGAGGAGGGUAAAACAUGACAGUGUGACCCAAACCUCAGGACAGAUCUUUGUUUCUCUUUAUUUAGUUUGGCUUCCCAAUAAAUGGAUUUCAAUUUUUUAACACAAAGGUUUUUGUUUUUUUUUGGAAUAUCAGAGUCAUUUUGCAGAACCAUGACAGUUCCCAGAUCAAUAAUUAUCAUGCAUUAAUUACUUUUUAAUUUCCCACAUUUUUACAUUUUUUUCUUUAUUCUCUUUGAAACAAGGUGUGUAAAGGGAUAUUCCAGUGCAAAAUUAAGUUAGGGUCAAACACACCAUAACACCAAGUUAGACACCCAGUGGAGAGAUGAGUGUUGCUUGCUUCUCUAGUUAUACCAACUUAAUUUCUUCAUGGAAAUGCAAUCAGACCGAGAUGCUAAGGCAGAAGAACUACCAUGUCUGCAGUGCAGAAUGAUUAAUAUGAUGAUUAUUACUUCAAGGAAAUGAUAAAAGUAAUGAUCAUGAAUACUCUUCCUUGAGCUGCGUCACCCCACCGCAGUCAAUGGACUCGCCCUGAGGUCUCUGUACAAAGAAGCGACUGCUGGAAGGGAGAGGAUGAGCUGUGUUUAGUCUCUUCUUACCUAAAGAAAUCAGGCAAAGUUAAAAAGGAUGUUUGAUGGCUAGUGCUAUGGCUGGGACCCUAUAUGUACUGUUGAUGAAGUUUGGUGCUGUUCUGAGCAUUAUUCGUGGCUAUAGAGUGGCUUUUUGGUUGAGCACGUGGCUCUCUGUGUUGCUAUCUGCGGUCGCUACUAAAGUUGGUAUAACUAGAGAGGCAAGUGGUCAGCAACGUUCAUCUCUCGAUGGGGUGUCUAACUUAGUGUUACAGUGUGCUUGAUCCUAACUUAAUUUUACACCGGAAUAUCCCUUUAAGUUGGGAGGACAACAUGUCAAAAUACACAGCCUCACUCUUGAACCUUGUUGUCCAUGCAGGGGUUUAAAGGGGCAGUAAUGAAAAUGUGGGGCUGUGCUGAUUGGCUUUCUCUGGUCGGAAAAGGGCUUUUUCACUUCUUCACUAAAAGUUUGGACAAAGAAAAAACCUGCAGUUUGUAUAAAUAUAGACUUAGUCACAUGCAAUUACUUUAUGUAUUGAAAUGAUUCAUUUAACAAGUUUAGAUGCAGUUUUAUCAGGACAGAUGACUUGAGUAGAUCACUUAGUGAUGCAGGUUCACUUCAGGGAUGGGGCAGUAAGUCCUUAACUGUCUCCGAACUCAAAACUUGGACAUGACAACAAUGUGGGAUUUCUGCAGUUUUAUACCAUGCACCCAUCAAACCAAGAAACACAGAUGUGGACUUCAUAUCUGACUGUAAUGAAGUUAGAUGAGCAUUUGGACUAAACCAGAGAUUACAGUGAUCAGAGCUGUGACCAUGUGACCUGAAUUUGGUCUCCUUUCCUCUCUCCCCUCGCCUCAUCACUCUCUGCUGACAAUUUUAUCCUCCUCACAUUCUUGCAGCCCACAUGAUGAUGAACACUCCUGGCCAUCCAUAGUCCGGAUGCCGUAGGUGAACAUAGAUCUGAUAACGUUCAGAAAGAAAAAGUGUGGAGGUGGAGGAGGAGGCUGACUGUGGAUGCCAGACAUUUCUGUGGACUCUGCUGUAGUUUUAUGAUUUUAUUCCUCAAACUCAAUGAGCGAUGGUUAAAGAAAAGUCAGCACAACAAGAGAGAGAAAUGAAAGAGAUAAAACAAUUUGAUAUCUGCAGAUCACAAGCCUGAAAAUCCAAGUUUUCCCAACAGUUAAGAGUUAGGAAUUAAAAGACAAUAUGAAGCACAGUGGUGAUUUUCCAGUGAAGGAGCUUUCUCCUGCAGGGAUUAGUGGAUAUUUUUUGUCUGUUUCACUCAUCAUGUUUUCCAAAAUAUCCUCCUUGCUGCACCAAAGCACUGCCUAUCUUUAGCAGCAGCAUCCAGUCCAUUUGAAGCCAUGAUGAUGGCGUGGAUGUGGUGGAUGAGGCGCUGAGUCAGGCUGAAGGAAUGUGAGGCCAACCGUGAUUAAAAAGAGAAGGAGACUGGAUUGCUUCCUGUCCCCUUUAGGGAGGGGAUUCCCUUUUUGAUUCACACAGACCUCUUCAUGGACUGGUUUUCAGGAAACUCUUUGAUACAGAUCCAUUCUAAUAGUACUGAAUGCUCCUGAUUCAGUUAGAAAAAGUUAGUUCAGUUAGUUUGACUUCUUCAAAUUCAAGACCUCCAGCUUCUACUUGUUUGGAGAAGCUUCAUAGAGGAUGAAAUACUCUCUUGCUGAUAGUUAACAAACAACAGUUUGGUCUGCACAUAAAGGAGGAUUCUGUUGUUAUCAACUUCAGGAUAUUUGUUUUGACUUUAGAGUCUGUUCACCUUUUGUUCUCAGUACACACCACAGGUUCCUUCUUGUGCUGCACCUGAGGAGAACACCUGAGCACCAAUGAAAGUGGUCUCCUCAGAUUUGAUUGUGGGUUUUUGGUGUGCUGUGAGUCAUUUGACUUCCCCUGAUCUGCCUGAGGCUUCACCAUGAUUGGAUAUCAAAUUUAAUUGAACAUGUUCAGUAUUUGCUGUCAGAUUCCUGCUGGAGCCUUCCUGCACGUGGUCCACUGUGCUUGUUGACUCUGAAGUCACGUUUUAGAGCUGCUGGUGGAUACUACUUCAGAGCUAGUGGACUCUGGUUGUCCGUGGAUGAAUCUGUUGUUGUGUGAUGUGCUGUUUGGACCACCUCUUUGCUCUUCAAAAACUAACUUGUCAGAUCUGUCAGUAUUUCUGAUCAUGUUUGUGGAGUUUCUCACAUUUUCAGCAUCUGUUUAGGUCUGAGAAGCUGCUCCUUCAGUCUGUUUGGAUCGUGGUUUCGUCCUUGGCUAAUGUCAGCUGUUUGUUUAAGCUCUUUCACAGCGACACUGGCUCUUUCUUUGAAAGUAUUGAUCGCUCUGUGUGUUUGGUUUUGUCGGCGCACUGAGGAGAGUUUGGUUUUCAUGGUAACGCUGUUGUCCUCUGGAGCAGGCAUGAAUAGGAGCAUUAUGGUGGGAAUGGACUGUGUGGACAGAGCAAGUUGCUGCCCUUGAGCACAGCAUUUUUCCACCCUGGACUGAUAGAAGCGCGGUCUCUGUGCUUUGGCUGAUAAGCUCCUCUCCUGCUGUCAAGGCCCUCAGCUGCAGGCAGCUGUGCCUCCGCCAUUAUACUGUACAGGAUUUACAGCAGGCCCCGCAGUUAUCUGUCAAGCACACACACACACACACACACUGAGGCCCUGUGCUGGGUGGCUGAAGUUCAGGCUCUCUGUGUGACUCCUCUCAUUGUUCUCUGGAAAGUCUUUCUGUAUUUGUUUUCAGUUUUUGUUGAAUCCAGGAGGGGGCCACCUGAUCUCCUGACCCUGUUUAGUGAUCAAGAGUGGAGAUCCAGUUUCAGUGCUGUCAUUUCAUUUGACUCUUGUCUUUGUUUUCUUGUGUUAAAACACCUUCAGACCCCUUUAAACUCACAGGGCUCAGAUAAACCUGUCUGUUCUCCUCACAGUGAUUUUAAGGCUUCCUGACUGUUGCUUACUGUGCAAAUUUUUUUUCCUCGAUUAAAGGAGGGAAAACAUGUUUGAGAUGCAAGAUUUUUAUUUUUUCCACAUUUUUAAGCAGAAAAUUGCAAAUUCUGCUUUGCCAAACUGCUUCAACAUGGAAGUAAAGCUAAAAAGAAACAUGUCAGAGCAGAAACAUCGUCACCAGGCUGUACGAUUUUUAUCACUUUCAUGAUGACAGAUAACUGCUAAAGCUAUAAGUUUUGUACAGGAUGUUCUUGUGCUUUAUUGUGAAAUUUGCAUGAGAGAAAUGAUAUUUUCAGCAGUGAGGAAGAGCAAGGAAGACCACUGAACACUUCUCUUUUCUUAAAAAUACAGUUUCUAAUUUGUCCGCCCUGUGAAGUGUAAACCUCCACUAAAUCUUAGCUCUCAUUUAUCCUCAUCAAAUUUAACUGUAUUAUUUUUUUAUUAAAUUCUCAAUAAUUUUGCUGUUUUUAUUUGUAAUUGAAUGUGCUCUGAACUUCUGAAAACAUCUGAAAAUUCUCAGGUUGAGCUGCAUGUGUGAAUGCAAACAGCUCUACCUUACUCAGACCUUUUCCUGGUAACUAUUCCACAAUAGGCCCGGGUGAGCUGAUGUGAGAACUCUGCAGGUUGAAGUCAGAAACAGGGUGGUGCCCGACAUAAUCCUGCUGCCACAUAAUAAUACAUACCUCCUGCCUCCCGUGUCAUCUUUUCCACUCAUUUGCCCAAUUGUAUAUCACACUAGAAUAAAGACAAGAAACUGUCAUUACAUACAGUGAGAACUUAAGUUUGUAAGGGACAUGAGAAAAACAGCAAUCCAGUUUCAGAGGCAGGCUGUCUUCCUGUGAGUGGUCAGGGUUUCAAAGGAGAAAUCUGAUUGACAACCUUAGCAGAAAUGGCUUUUUAUGACUGAGGAGUUCCUUAUGAAAUAUUAUACAUUACAUUUUUUUUUCAACUUAUUCAUAAGGGUUAUCAAAUACCCAGAAACUGACUGCACAGUUUAUGUGCCUGAAAGAGUGGAGAUAGAGGCCAAAGUAAAGCCAAAAUUAUUAGCCCCCUAUGAAAUUUUCUGUUUUUUUCCAAAAUUUCCCAAGUGCUGUUCAACAGAUAAAUGAUUUUUUACACAGCUUUUCUAAACAUCUUUGUUUUAUUUUGGAUCCUUACAUUAUUUUACUUUGCACACAGAAACAAAAUUUUUUCACUAAACCAAAAACUACCAGGGUCAAAAAUGUUAGCCCCCUUCAGGCGGAUAGUCAAUUGUGUGUCCUUUUUGCUGGAUAACAGCAUGCAGUCGGUUGCUGUAGUUUGUAACAAGGCUCUGGCACAUCUCCUGAGGAAUCCCAGCCCAUUCCUCUUUGGCAAAUCUUUCAAGCUUCUCCAGAUUUGAUGGUCUUCUAGCAUGGACCCUGGUCUUCAGUGCAGCCCACAGAUUUUCAAUUGGAUUUAAGUCAGGGCUUUGUGCAGGCCAGUCAAUAACGUUCACUUUGGUUUCCUGAAGGCAGUACCUCACCAGGAUUGCUGUAUGGUUGCUGUAUGUUUUGGGUCGUUGUCGUGUUGGAAGACAAAGCGACGACUCAGACCCAGUUUUUGCUGCUGACUGCUUGAGGUUUUCUUUCAAAAUCUUCACAUAUCCUUUUUUCUUCAUUAUUCCUUCAACCUUGACAGGAUUCCCAGUUCCAGAUACACUGAAACAUCCCCACAGCAUGAUACUCCCACCACCGUGUUUAACUGUAGGGACUUGGGGUUAUACGCCUCUCCCUUCUUUCUCCAAACAUAAACAAUGUCUCUGUGGCCAAAGAGCUCUAGUUUGGUCUCAUCUGACCAAAGACCAUGUCUCCAGUGUGCACAGUCUUUCUCCAGAUUGUCCUUAGCAUACUUCAGUCUGGCUUGAAGGUGUCUCUUUUGUAGAAGUGGAGUUUUUCUUGGCCUGCAUCCUCGCAGUCCAUUUCUGUUCAGGGCUCUAGAGACUGUCUUGUUUGACACCACAAUUCCUGACUCGGCUAAGUCAGCAACUACUGUUUUGGUGGUUGUUCUAGGUUGUUUAGACACAUCUCUUACCAGUUUUCUUUCCAGUUUCUUUGAAAUUUUUCACUUCCUACCUCUCCCAGACGUGUUCUGUACUGUGUGGCUCUCCUUAAAUUUCUUGAUGAUACUUCUCACUCCACUUCUUGAUACUUGGAAAUGCUGUGAUAAAUUUGUAUAUCCUUCUCCUGCUUUGUGAGCAUCAACAAUUCUUUUUCUCAAGUCUAAACUGAAUUCUUUUAUAUUUGCCAUGAUGCCUUCUCAAGUGACAGCUCAAACGCGUAACAAGGUUUUUAUACGGUGUGUUAAGUAUAGGACAACCUUUUGUUUUAACUUAAUUGAUUGAUUGAUUACAAGCUGUGAGCACUCGGAAGUGAAAGCACAUGAUUGCACAACAGUGGCUUUUGUUUUGGCUCAAUAAAAACGUCAAUUCUUAAGGGGGCUAAUAAUUUUGACUCUGGUUGUUUUUGGUUUUUGUGAAAUAAUUUUGUUUCUGUGUGCAAAGUAAAAUAAUGUAAGGAUCCAAAAUCUUGAGUCAGGUUUGUGCUUCGUCUCAAUAACUGCAGUUUUUUAAAAUCUUUUUAGUUUCUCUGUUAUGUUCAAAAUGAUGACAGUUUGAUCUCAUCUCCAUGGCAACAAAAAGACUCAGCACUGAUUGAGAUCUUCCUGAAUAGAUCUUGACUUUGUUAGGAAGGUGUUCAGUAAAGCAGGGAGUCACGUUGAGGCCUAAAAUGGACUCUGAUGACUCAUACUCCCAGAAUGCACCAUGAGGGGUCAUGAUAGAUGACUGUGGCACGCCAUAUUACAGACCGCUGAUGAUUCAGACUGAGGCCCUGAAGGUUAGGUUAGGAGAGUCAAGUCUGGGCUCUGUGGUGGCCUGAGGUUUAUCUCUGAGCACAGAGAAUGAAACAGACAACACCUGCUGCCUUGAGAUAAACUCCUCUCCUCUGAAGUCUAUUACACAAUGCAUCAAAGUCAGGCUGCCAAAGUUUAUAGCUGUAAUGCAUUAAACCAAUCUACCCAAAUUAAGCUUUAACUUUUAAUACAGAUAUUAACAAGAACUCUAAUCCCAUGAAAACAAAUUUUGCAGAAAAAAAAUUUGAGGGCUGAGAUCCAUGAAUCAAGUCUGACUUUCAAAAACUCGUGUCUGUCAAGUUUUUUCUCUUUGUAGUCAUAAAAAAGUUGACAGACAUUUAAAAACUGACAGAACAGGAUUUGAGAGAGAGGGUUAUAUUGCAGUUUUACCGGAGCUUGUAGGGUUAUUUUUGUAGGAAAAUUCAAAAAUGUUCCUGAGGAGGAGAGAAAUGAGAAAUUGUCAAAUAUCUUUACCUAAUCCUAACCCCUUCACGCUUCUGAGUUCAUAUUAUGACUAGAAAUAUAGUAGGAUGAUACUGCAACAAAUCAAACACACAAGUUUAGUCAGUGUGAUCAAAAAACUCGACCUGACAGGCAUUUGAAGGCCCCAGAUAUAAAGCCUUGUUUUAUUUCAAAAAAGCCGACGAUAAAAGUGUCACAUGUGGAGUAAAAUGUCCCAAAAUUGAAUCAAGAGAAAAUUUUCUGUCUUUUUUGUCAAAAAACAAUCAUAUUUCAUUUAUCAGUGUAAUAAAGUAUACCAGAGGAGUUUCAGUAAUCCAGAGCUAGAUGUUAAAACAUUCAACAGAGACACUUGAAGAGUUUGUAAUGAGUUUUCCUUCAGCUCUCCAAUAUUGAACUGAGGAAUUAUUUAAGGAAAGAAAUGACCUGGAAAGAUCCAGAUUGUGCUGUAAAGAGCCCAAAAUCAGAGUGGGUUUAGUUUUGUUAUGACAGUUUCUGUUGUGUAACAUUCAGCAGCUCGAACACAGUUGACAUGUGUGACUGCUGAUGAUUGAUAAGACAGUCUGUGUCCACAUCAUGUGACCGUUGUUUGUCAAACAGGUUCACAGUGGCCUGAGCAGAGCUCUCCCUCACUCUCCAAGCAGCUUGUGUUUAUUCCCUGUUGUGUUUAUCCCUGCGACUGCAGCUCGUAGUAUACAGCCAGAUAUCCAGUAAGCUCUGUUUGGUGACAAGCUAUUGUUUGUUUGUUUGUUUGUGCACGGACAGGCACAUGAAUCACAGAGUCUGACUCAGAGAGAGAGAGAGAGAGAGAGAGAAAGAAAGAGAGGGGCAGAGUGAAUAAAAGGAGGGGAGCUGGGUCACACAGAUGGUCAUGAUGAAAGGGUUUCAUCCACUAAUAAGAGACUUUUCACUGGUCGGUGGCAUCUUCUCUCAGACUGUAGCUCCCUCUAAUCCACCUUACAGAGCGUGCUCCUGUAGGAAAGACCCGCCCUCACCUUCAGCAGAAGAUUUGACUGUAAAAAUCAGGAUUUUAUUGAGCUCUGCACUCAGAGUUAAACUUCGCAUUCCUGUCUUUCAGAGCUCGACGCAGGAGAUUGGCGAGGAGGCCGAGGAUGACGCCAUCUUCACCAUCACGUUGAGGAAGGUGCAGCUCCACCAGUCGGCCAGUAAGGGGCAGCGAUGGCUGGGCGUGGAGACGGACUCGGCCCUCAGCCUCUACGAGACCUGCAAGGUGCGGACUAUCAAGGCCGGCACGCUGGAGCGGCUGGUGGAGUACAUGGUGUCAGCGUUCAGGGGCAAAGACUCUACCUACGUCACCAUCUUCCUCUGCACAUACCGCUCCUUUGCUACCACGAAGCAGGUGCUGGAUCUCCUGCUGCACAGGUAAGUCCUCCUCCACCCAAGAGGAUUGCAAGAAACCAAAGUAAACCUGGUCCAUAAAGGCUUUUUUUUUUUGAGUGUAUACACACAUUUCAUUUAUUCAAGGUGAUGAAUAACUGUCCGUUUCUGAAAAGCGUUUUUCUUUUUUAAUCAGAAUGUAAAGUUUAUAUUUCCAUCAAGUUUACUGAAAUUUAUGAGUGUAUUUGUCUUAAUCUUCAGGUAUGCAAAGCUGCAGAACGUCCCAGCAGCCACAGCACACAGAAUUUCCCAGGACGACUGCACCGAGCUGAGAAAGUGAGUCUGCUGCAGCCUUGACUGUCGAGUUGCCAACAUGAAUCACUGGGAGCAUUCACAGCUCUGAGCCCCACACUCCUCCUCCUGGGGUUGAAGUCAUAUCAACAGUUUGAAGUUUUUGCAGGUUAUUUUUCUCUGCUGGACACCUGUCAGAGUGAAGGAGUGGGAGGAGGAGUUUCUGUAAGAGUUGAUAAAACACAGACCAUGAGCUGAUAAUAUCAGAUCAGAACCAUGGAAAAACUGAAGGGCUUUCUGCACAGCUUCAGGGUACAGUUAAAUGGAUAUUUCACUGUUUUUGAAAUGGGGAUGUAUGAGGUACAGGACAUGUCAACUGUAAGUGUUUUAGCCACAGUGGAUAUCAGUCAGUUCAACUGUGGGGGGUCGAGCCUACUGUGUAAUUGAGCUGGGUUUGAACUGACCCUAGCUCUCAUCUUGGUUUUCAGCACUUUCCUCGCCCCCAGAAAGUCCAUUUGUUCUUUCUCUAUUUGCAGACCCGGUGCAUACAUGCUCCUCAGCAUGCAGCACACUGAUCAGCUGUAUGGUCUGCAGGCUCCAAACAGACAAAAUUCAACCAAACAAAGUACUGAGUGUGAUUCUGACAGAGUAGAUAACAAGCUGUGAAAUGCAAACACAACAGAGUUUGCAGAGAAAAAAGGCAACCUAAUUCACCAAAGUAAAAAGCUGAUCAACUUCUGUGACAGAAGAGCAGGGGGGAUCUUAAAGUGACCUGGUGGUUCAGGUGUGUAAGCUGUGAGCUCAUGUCCGCAAAGAGAGAAAACUCCUGUCUGUCAGGACUGAGACUUGGGAUCAUCAGCAUCUCUGGAUCUUUGAGGUCCAGCAGCAGUUCACAGGAGGCUGCAGUCUGAGACCAUCCCUAACCAGAGUCCACUGCUACACCGAGGGCUGAAUGCUGUCUGUAACCCACUUUCCUUAACAUUCAGGAAUCAGUCAGAAAGGCAGAGAAGCUGAAGAACAUCAGAGCUGAUGAGGUCAUAUUUUCUCUGAGGUUCAAACUUCCGCAGGUGUUGAAUCAUCUUUUACUGUCUCUUUGUCUCACAGCACGGUCUCAUCCAUCCUGGGUGCAUGGUUGGACCAGUACUCUGAGGACUUCUGGAGCCCUCCAAACUACGACUGUCUGCACCAGCUAAUGUCCUACCUGCACUGCCAUUUCCCCGGCUCAGACCUGGAGCGCCGUGCACGCAACCUGCUGGCCCACUUCCACCGCCGACAGCAGUGUGAGCCUGAUCCAGAUGGUAUGAAGGCAGGACAGGAAAGGGAACUCAGGGCAGGGACACACAAGAACACAAGGUCCUGGUAGACAGUCAUGGGGGUGAAUGUAAAGAUGCUGCUGUCUCAAAAACAGCCACAUGCUUCGUGCUGUACUUAGGUAAUAAAGGAUGUUUCUGUUGAACACAUGACAGGGACGAGAGUACUGUCCCUCUCAGCACACACAAGACUGAUGAAUGAGUGAAAUAAGAUUCACAGCUGCAGAGCAGGAAGUGUUAAGGCUGGAGUUCAGGUGGAUGUGGGCUGUUGCAAAUGUGUUUUCUUGAUUGGAAUCUCUGCAGGGGAACACAUCGGCUGCCCUUUUGCUACGCAGGAAGAGAGCGGCUUUGAGGACGAACUUCCUGCCUUCAGCUUCCUGUCGUUUGACCCCAUCAUGGUGGCAGAGCAGUUCACGCUCAUGGACGCGGUGAGGAUGUUUCCUUUUCCUUUAACAACAGAUUUAAAGUCACGGUCACGGCCACAGACACUGCAGCUCUCUGUCAGACACAUGAGGGUUUGACACCUGCAGAUUCUGCUGAUGUCCAUCAUCAGUAAAUCUGUAAAGUCUCAGAAAAAGUUCAGUGUCCACCUGAACCAUCAUAGUCUUUGUUUGUCUUUAUAUUUCUGCUCAAACAACUUUAUUCACAAGCUGAAUAAAAGCAUGUCAAACUACUUAGACUAACAUUUCAUAUUCAUUUGAGUUUAUUCUCAUUUUUGACCUCCAGGAUCUGUUUAAGAAGGUGGUGCCCUACCACUGCCUGGGGGGCAUCUGGUCUCAGCGGGACAAGAAGGGGAAGGAGCACCUGGCCCCCACCAUCAGAGCCACAGUGGCUCAGUUCAACUCUGUCACCAACUGUGUCAUCACUACCUGUCUGAGCAACCCCACGCUGAAGCCUAACCAGAGAGCCCGGCUGCUGGAGAGGUGGAUAGACGUGGCCCGGGUGAGCAGACGGCUAGACCAGGAACAUUAAUGGGUUUAAUUUUAGAUUUUUGAAGACCUUUUCUGGGCUGGAAGCUCAUCAGAAACAUUCACUUUAUGUUUGCAUUGUGUUCAGGAGUGUCGGAUCUUGAAGAACUUCUCCUCUUUACGAGCCAUCCUCUCCGCUCUUCAGUGCAACGCCAUCCACCGCCUGAAGAGGACCUGGGAGGAAGUGUCACGGUGGGUUUCCAGUCUCUUUUUGUGUUUCAUCCAGAUAGACCAGUGUUUUAAAUUUGCAUCUCAUACACUGACCUCUGGUUCUGCUCACAGGGAGAGUUUCCGCACCUUUCGCGAGCUGUCUGAGAUCUUCUCCGAUGACAACAACUACUCGCUCAGCCGAGAGCUGCUGGUGAAGGUGGGUCACAGCUGCUCUUAAACCCAGCAUGUCCUCUCCACAGGGACCCCAGACCCUGCAGAAUAUGGACUUUACACCUCUGAGGAGAGGAGCUUGAGCAUUUAAAAAAGCAGUACAGAGACGGGUAAAUUUAGACUAGACAACCUUGUUCAUUAGUUUUGGAAUGAUACAUGAUGUCUGAGCAGAUAGCAGCAGGAGGUGUGGAUGGUGUCCCUGUUUAGCUCACGUCUGUCACACUGCAGAGCAGAACACUUGGUUCUGUGUUCCUCCAGAUCACAGUUCCUUUAAAUCUCUCAUGAUGUCCCUCACAUGGCCGGGCUCUGUGCUGGUAAUAGAUUCCUGUCAUCAUUUCUGUGAUUCGUGGAGGUGAUCACAAAGAGGUGGCCACACCUUUGGACUGUUUUGCAGCUCGUAUUGAUGCACAGUUACACCUGGACAGCAGAAAGAAACGUGACUGAAGGAGAAACAAGAAAUCUGCUGGCUUUGUGCCUGUUUUUACACCUUUUUAAAGAAAUAUUAAAAGAUUUUAAAACCAUCAAAUUCAUACCAUCUCAUUCUUAACUGGGGUUGUACAACCAGCUCAUGAUUGGACAGUUUUUAAAUCACUGAGUGUCAUUUUAGAGGCUGAAUCACAACAAAAGUAAUAUUGUUACCUGAUGAAGUUGGUCUGGAUUUGUUAACUAUUUAGACGAGCUUUUUGCUUGGUCUUUUUUGGUGAUCAGAGGGACCAUUAUAACUGAUUUCUCCCAUUCAUGUUUUGUUUUAGCAGAGACUUGUUGUUUCCAAACAUAAAAUUUUCCAGCUGAAAACUUUCCAGUUUUAAUAAAAAAAUCAGAAAAAACACAAAAGAGUCCUCUAAUUAGGCGUAUAAAGCUGCUGCUUCCUUCAGUUUGAAAAGUUUGUUUCAAUAUAGAGACUGGAAUUAAGUAUUAUCCAUCUUUUUUUGUCAUACUAAAGCCUGGAGAUGGAGACUGCGUUCAUACCCCCCCAAGUAUUUUGUUGAGGUUAGAGAGCGUGAACAUGGUGGGCGACCUCUGAGGGAAUCCCCUCUGACGUCAGGUAGAGGUGGGGAAACCUCUGGCAGGUGUAGAUAACAGCUCUGGUGUUACUCUGCAGUAAACCAUCAGCUCGGGGCGUAGCCUCUCUCGAAGUAUCUGCUCAGUCCAGACUGCAUUGGCUCACUGCACUCAGUGUGAUCAGGUUACUGCAGGAGGCCCUCCAGCAUUACCUCACUCUGAGGAAUGUAAGCAGUGGACUCACUCCUGCUGUUAAAGUUCAGCUACACAGCAGGACAUUUGUGUAUGUUUGGUGACAAUUGUUUUUCACCUUCCUUCCUCCACUUUCAUGGACAAAAACCUUCACAUCUAAUCCUUUUAGAGGUCAAACAGAAAUGCUUUCAGACUUUUUCACAUCUUCAAGGCUGAACAUCCACUGAAGGAGAGUUCUCUUUGACCUGUCCUCUCAAACAUGCUGCCCAGCUGGACUCAGAGGAAACAAUUCUACUUCAGCUAGUUUUGAUCUUUUCACUCACCUUGGCUUGUGCUGCUCAGCUUUUGUGAACAGCUGCGUAAUGUAUAUAAUGUUGUUGUAAUGUCUAAGUAUAACCCUGCUAAUUGGGCUUUGGCUCUGAGUCUUCACAAUAUAAUCAGAGCUUGUGUAAUGAGUCUGUGACACGUAGAGUCCAGCCAAAGUUUGAUCAAGCUGUCCCAUGUUUCAUUAUUAGGAUGUUUGCUGUUACUAUCAUGCGGCUGCUUAUUGUUGUAUCAACAUAAUUUCUUAUUUUUUGCACGUUUAAUUCUUUGCAUUUUAAUGUGAACCUUUUUUCUAUUUUCUUGCAGGAGGGGACCUCUAAGUUUGCCACUUUGGAGAUCAACCCCAAACGUGCUCAGAGGAGACACCAGCAGCAGAGAGACCUGGUGAGCCCACAAACAGAGUGGAGUUAUACUGUUAAACCAAAGUCAUGAGGGGCAGACUCACAGAAGGUUUGCACCUGAUGAACCUGCUCUCAUGAGACAAAAAGACUGUCAGUCAGAAAGCAAUGGGAUGAAUAUUUCUACACUGUGCUUCAGAGCCAACAGUCUUUGUGUGCCUACCUGUCUGUCUGUGCAAGUUUUUCAAUGGGCCAGCAUUGGUCCCACAAACACUCACACUUCAGAGUGAGAACUUAUUUACUGUUAGGCAGCCACAAAGAUUACUGUACCCAAACUUUUAGGGAUCACGUCAACAGUUUAACCUCUGGAUGACCUAAAAUGAUAAAUCUGUACACAUAGCCUGUUUUGAUAUUUCAGUUUUUGUUAUAAUAAGUAAUUAAAUUAAACAAUUUGUUUGUUUGUUUUUUAAUCUUUCUAACAAAGGUAAAAUUUAGCAGCUCUAUUUGUCUAAAAAGAGUAAAAAUUCUGAUGCUAUUACUAACUGGGAUCAAUUCUUCCUGAAUCGUUCGAACUUUAUUACACCCUGACACAUGGGUGGUGCCUAAUACAGAGCAAUCAGAACUAAUUUUGGGCUAAUAUCCCCACCUUGUGGCCAACAAAAUAACAACAGUCUAAGGAUAAAAAGCUACAAAUAUGAUGUCUGUUGUAACUUUUGGUUUAUUUGAUAAAUGACUGAAAUGAAAAGUCUGUUAAAGAAGCUCAGUGCAGAAGAAUUUCAAAUCUUACAUGAGAGGAGGUGAUUGAUUUAUUUCACAUGAGUCUGUGUUGUACAAAUGCUUGACUAUGCAGUCUGAGAAGGUUGAUCUGGUCGAAAGUUUCUGUCCCUUUUGGGGAAUGUAUUUUUCUGUUUUUUAGCCUCUCUCAGACUUAAACUCCCGUUCUUUUUCUUCUUGUUAACCUUUCCUGACACUUCCUCCCUUUGUCUGUGAUCAGGGGGUGAUGCAAGGGACAAUUCCUUACCUGGGGACCUUCCUGACCGACCUGGUGAUGAUGGACACGGCCAUGAAGGAUUACACUGAGGUCAGACACCUUAAACAUUAUAUACAUAAUGAUGUAUUUUAUUCAAAGGCAUCUUUCAAAGCAUUCGAGGUCGCCUUACAAGAGAAAGUUAAGCUAAGACAACCAAAUAAAAAGGUUAAAACAAUGAAGAAAAAGACAGAUUUCUCUUCAGUGACUUCGACACUGUUUUGUUUGUGGCUCUCAUUUUUUUCCUGAUCUCCUCUCUCAGGGUGGGCUGAUCAACUUUGAGAAGAGAAGAAAGGUAUCAAAAGUUUUCUUGUGUUGUUGUAAUGAUCUGACAUUGAAAAACAGACAGGAAUAAAUUGUUUUUCACUGAUGAAAAGCUGGAUUUUCUGCCUGGUCAAAGCGCUUCUAUUGACCAUGUCUUGCUUGUUUGUCUUUUUCUGCAGGAGUUUGAGGUGAUUGCUCAGAUCAAGCUGCUCCAGUUGGCUUCUAAUAACUAUAGUUUCACUCAGGACAGUCACUUCAGAGAGUGGUUCGCAGGUGUGGAGAAACUCAGCGAGGCAGAGAGGUGAGUUGCUCAGAUUCUGCUCUUUUUUUUCCUCCUCCUCUUAAGUCUCCUGACACUUCAUCUUUUUGUUUAUUUUCAGCCCUUUGGUUGUUUUCUUAAAGAUACAGUAGUUUAACCUCAAGUGCUAAUGUCAGCCUUCUUUGUGAAUAAUCCUGCACUUUCACCCAGAUUUUAUGAAUUGUGUGAUCACGGCAGUACAGAUAUCCAGUCUGUGGUCUUGGAUCAUUCAAAGUUGGCACCUGUUUUAAUAAUGAUACACAUCAACCUUAACCUAACCCAAAGUUAAAACAAAAGGCAGCUUUCAGUUUCUAUGGCCCCCGGUUGUGGAACAGCCUGCCGGAGAGCCUCAGGGCUGCAGAGACUGUUGAUGUUUUGAAGAAGAGGCUCAAGACUCACUUUUUUUAACCAGGCCUUUCACUGAUAGCCUUUUUGUUUCUCUUAUUGCAAAUGUUCAUUUUAAUCAAAGUUCUUAAUGUUUCUUUUAUAUAAUUUUAUUAAGUAUCUUAGUUUUUUCUUAAUUCCCUCCAGAGGUGUUUUUUUUACUUCUUUUACCCCAUUUAUAUGGUAAAAAGCUCUUACUUAUUUGUUCAUUUUAUAUUAUCUUUUUGUCUUAGUCCAUCAGGUUUUACGCUGGCUUUUUACCAUUUUUUUCCUUUUAUCUCCAGUGUUUCUCAAAGGUAGCUUUCCUCAUGCAAUGUCUCAGUGUCAAGCCAUGUCUCUUUGACAAUGUAUCUUAAAUUCUCGCUCUGUGUGCGCUUGUGUGUGUAUGUCUGGGUGAAUGAGGGCGGGUGUGUGCCAGUGUGUGUGUGGGUCUGUGGGUGGGCUGGUGGGUCAGGUUUUAUUUUUGUUUAAUUGUUGUUUUUAGUCUCUGUGAGGCGCUUAGAACUACAUUUCUUUGUCUGAAAAGUGCCAUACAAAUAAAGUUGAAUUUGAAUUUAAAUCAACAAAAUAAGUCUAACCCUUGGAGAGUUUAGACUCAUGUUAAAUGUCCUCAUGUUGUGUUUUAUUUCCCGCAGCUACAAUCUGUCUUGUGAAAUCGAGCCUCUGUCAGAGUCAGCGAGCAACACACUGAGAGCUAAGAAGAACGGAGGAAUCAUGAAACGUUGGAGCGAGUGAGUGUCGGGGUUCUGAAAACAUAGACUGAGGACUUUCAUAAAAGGAAGUCUGUGUGGUUUUUAAUCGAACUGUUUUUAUUUUUGUCCAGCCGGCAGCUGACAGAGGCCGGCUGCAGCAGCGCCUCCAGCUCUCACUCAAAGUCCUUCGACCACUCGCACUACAGACCAUAUCAAGGAGGCGGGGGGGACAGUGGGGAUGCCCUCAGUGUUACGUCUGUCAGCUCCAGUGGUUCAGACCUGGAGGACGUCAAUGCCAGCUUCCUGUCCGACUCUCCAGAGGGACACGAGAGGAAGGUAAGGUAUCAGGGCAGAGACGGAUUUCAGAUUGAACACCAGACCUGCAGAUGUGGUUGGGUUGUGGCUGUUUUCUGUUGAUGAUUUCAUGUUUAAUGGUCCUCUAAAAAUUGUUCAACAGUUAUUACUGUACAAGGAAGAAGACCAUACGUUACGGUUGGCUCACAUUAGCCAAUCAGAUGCUCAUGCUCACCUGUGUGGUAGUUGUUUAAUAGAGUCUGUUUCUCUCCCCAGACAUCGACUCCUUCAGUGAAACUCACCGUCUCUGCUUUGGGGAGAGAAGCUCCACCAUCAGACACCACAUCAACAGUAAUACACUUUGACUUGUUGAUCUUAUUUGACUUCAUGACACAUAAUUUCCUCCUUGAAAUCCAAACAGUAUUGUCUGUAUUUUGUGGUGUUGACAAAGUAAUCAGUGAGUAAAGGUUGGAGUAACCCUGAUGGCAUAAUUUUCAAAGAUGGUGUGACUUGCUCUGUUUGUGAUGAGUAAAUUUAUGGUGUAGUGAAAUGUUUGCAUCGCACAUUUCACGAAAUAAAGUGAAAUUGAAAUCAAGUAAGUCUUCGAUUUUCCCUCCUCCUCAGUCAGGUUUUAACUCCCCCUUUCUCUCUCACUCCUCUCGUCCUGUUCAGUUCUGGGAGUGCACGUCUCUUUCGUCUCUUGACACCUCUGGUACGGGAUCCAGCUCUGGGUCAGCCUCAGGAUCCAGCUCCGCCUCCUCAUCCUCUGUCUCUUCCUCCACGCCGCUGUCAGCGUCUCGCUCACACAAACGCUCGGUGUCUGCAGUGUCGAAUUACUCGACUUUGUCUCUGCCGCUGUACAACCAGCAGGUGGACGACUGCUGCAUCAUCAGGGUCAGCCUGGACGUGGAGAAUGGGAACAUGUACAAGAGCAUCCUGGUCAGUCUGACGAUCAUCUCUCUUUCUUUUUAAGGAUUAGAAAAAUAGAGAACUUGGGAAUGUUAUACUUCAAAGGAUUUUUCAAUGUUUCCUUUAAUGUUUGGAUUACCUUAUUUUCCUUGAUACUGAAAUAGACUCUUAAGAAUAGACUCUGACUAAUGUCUGUCCUCUGAUACAGGUGACGAGUCAGGACAAAACUCCAGCUGUUAUCAGGAAGGCGAUGAUCAAACAUAACCUGGAGCGAGAGAAGACUGAGGAGUAUGAGCUGAUGCAGAAAAUCUCUGAGGACAAAGGUAGAAACUGAAAACACGAUCCAACUGACCCUCAUCAGAAUAACCCAAAAAGUGUCUGCAGACUUAAGGCGUGAAAUAAGUAGCAUCAAUCUAACUCUGUUCAGGUCUCAUUUCUGUCUGUCCUCUAUCAUGUCACCUUAGAAUAUCCCUUUUUUAAGCGCUUUGAGGGUCUCUGAUAAAGCGCUUUAUGAAAUCUGAUGCAUUAUUAUUAUUUAUUCUCUGUUGUAUAAAACAGUUGAAAUGAGCCCAAACACACAUUUCAUCAUCCUUUCAUUUCAUUUCAGAUGAAUCUUAGCAAUCUCUUAAUAUUGGAGUAAGAGGCUCCUGUAGAUUAGACAGAGCUUUAGUGAUCCUUCAGAGAAAUACUCAACCUCAAUAUUACAACCUGCUUUAUAGGUCCUGAGCUCUGCUCCAAUCUUGAUCUUAUUCUGAUCAAUUUGCUCUACCCUGUCUCAGAUUUUUAAUCUCUCCUGACUCCUUGUUCCCUCUCUUCUUCUGCAGAGCUUCGGAUCCCGGACAACGCCAAUGUUUUCUACGCCAUGAACUCCACUGCCAACUACGACUUCGUGCUAAAGAAGCGUGGCCUAGCCCGCCCGGUGCGGGCCAAAAAUGUGGCAAGCUCCACGCUGCCUCGCAUGAAACAGAAGGGACUUAAAAUUGCCAAAGGGAUUUUCUGA